GUUAUAUGUAUUAACCACACAAACACUAAUAGAAGGAGGACAACAACCAAACACAAACACACAGAGGGAGCGAGGUGCUAGGCCGUGCGUCUGACUGUAUCUGACACACAGAUGGAAAUAGACAACAGAUCAGGUUUUAUUAACACAGAGGAGAGAGAGAGAGAGAGUGGUGCAAGCCGUACGUCUGAAAGAGAUACGAUGGCGACAGGGUCUCCAACGGUGUUUGUAAGGACUUUGCUUGCAGGUGAGAUACAGAUGCAUGCAGACAGGGGAAUGGAUUUUACAAAAAAAAAGGAUCGGUAUACACAUGACAGAUACGAAUAUAAGGCGUCUGAUUUUGGGAGAUCUAAUUCUAUGGAUGCUGCAAUAUACAGGGCAGCUAUAGCUGGAGACAUCCAUGGCCUGACAACAGCACUACAACAAGACCCCGAACUCAAUCUUGUCAAACAACUCACCCCGCGAGACGACACGAUUCUUCAUAUCGCCGCAAGACUAGGCCAUCACCAUCUAGUGAAACCAAUCCAAAGUCGCUGCCCAGACCUUUUCAAGAGCAAAAACUGCAACGAUGAUCAUCCUCUACAUCUUGCUGCAGCUGGUGGUCAUCUGUCUAUAGUCGAGUCUUUGAUCACUAAUGCUUUCCAGUUUGCAAUUUCUUCGGGCCGAGCAACUGAAGCAGGGGUGCAGGAGGUUUUAAAUGUCAUAAAAGGGCAAAAUAAACAAGGGAAUACUCCAUUGCAUAUGGCCGUAAAGGAUCAUCGAUACGAGGUGGCCUUGUCUUUGUUUUUGCGGGCUGCAUCACGUUCAUGUUUUCCGAAUCUGGAAAAAAAGUCACCCUUGUCUAUGGCCGCUGAAGCAGGGUAUCAGGAGCUCUUUGAGCUUAUGAUGCAAUACGUUGCUUCGAAUGUUGACGCUCAAAAUAUGCUCAAGGAUGGCGAACCACUCCUGCAUGUUGCUAUUACAGCAAGGAACAAGGUUCUUCUUGAGACAGCAUUGAAGUAUGUUUCAUCUCUUUUGGAUGCACCUGACAUAAGAGGGAAGAAACCUCUCUCAUAUGCAGCAUCCAUAGGUUAUGUUGAUGGGGUUUGCUACAUCCUAGACACAUUUGUUGAUUGCACAUACAAAAGAGACGGUGAUGGGUCUUAUCCCAUUCAUGAGGCAUCGAGCCAAGGCCAUAUUGCAGUUGUUAAGGAGUUUCUACGACGUUUUCCAGAUUCAAGAGAGUUGCUAAAUGAACAAGGACAAAAUAUUCUUCACGUUGCUGCUGAGAGUGGGAAAGCCAACAUUGUUAGUUAUAUGCUUAAAAACCAUGAGCUUGAGAUGCUUAUCAAUGACACAGACGAAGAUGGAAACACCCCAUUGCUUUUGGCCACGAAGAAUGCUCAUGCUGAGAUAGUGAGCAUUUUGACAUGGGACAAGAGAGUUAGGUUAGAGAUAAUGGAUCGCAAUGGCUUUACUGCUUUAGAAGCUGCUCUCAAUUACGUGGGGCACACUCCUUCAAUUCACCAGGUAUUAUUAUUAUUAUUAUAAUUAAUGAUUCGUCUA